AUGGCUAGCUCUUCGGAUGCCCACAGCCGGAACAAGUGCGCGGCGUGCUACCGCCAGUUCAACAGGAUGGAGCACCUGGUGGAGCACAUGCGCGCGUCGCACCACUCGCCGCACGAGCCGCGCUGCGGCGUCUGCGGGAAGCACUGCCGCUCGCUCGACGCCCUCCGCGACCACCUCGGCUUCGGCGCCUCCCUGCCCCCAAAGCCCGCCUGCGCCACGGCCUUCGCUGCCAAGGGCUGCUCGCUCUGCCUCGCCGUCUUCCCUAGCUCCGGCUCCCUCCGCGCCCACAGCCCAACCUGUCACCACUCCCGCGCCCCGGUUCCCUCGAGGUCCAUGCCAAGAGUGCCCGUCGGUGGUGUGGUGGCGCUGGGCUGCAAGAUGGUGGGCGGCGGCAGCGACGGGACGCUGGACGUUUGCGGGCGCGUCUGCGUCAUCGACGAGAAUGAGGCCAUCGUCUUCGAGAACUUUGUGAGGCCGCUCCUCCCGGUGACGCACUACCGGUACGAGACCACGGGGAUCCGCCCUGAGUACCUGCGGGACGCGCCGACGGUGAAGAUGAUGCAGCGGCAGGUGGAAGCCAUCCUCCUCAACGGCGAGCAGCCGUGGAAGGUCAGGUCCUCCCGCGGCGCGGCCAGGAUCCUCGUCGGCCACGGCCUGGAGCACGAUCUCGACGCGCUGGGCAUGGACUACCCGGCGUACCUGAAGCGGGACACGGCGGAAUAUCCGCCGCUGAUGAAGACGAGCGGCAGGCUGAUGAGCAACUCGCUCCGGUUCCUCACACAGAGCUGCCUCGGCUACGACAUCCAGACGGGCCACCAGCACCCCUACGAGGACUGCGUGGCGGCCAUGCGGCUGUACAAGAGAAUGAGCUCGAUGAGGCACGGCCCGCCGAAGAACGGGGGCGAAGACGAUGCGUGCGCGGCGGUGGCAUUCCCGGCGCGGAGGCAGCGGGAGCUGGAGCGCAUGUCGCCGGAGGAGCUCCUCAGCAUGUCCAAGCCGGACUAUCACUGCUGGUGCCUCGACGACUAG